AUGGGAAAUAACAAUAAUUUGUUUGAUGGCAUGGUAAUAGGAGGCAGUAUGUUUAAUGUUAUCAUUGGAUUUAGCUUUAUGAAUAAAAUUAUCAUGAAUCUCUAUACAAUUUUUUCAAUAACUAUUUACCAAUUUACAACUGAGGAAAAUAAAUACUAAGAUAUGUUUUUCUUUACUUUUACAGCAUUCUUCAUUUUUAUCAGCAGUUGCAAAGAGUAUUUAUAGGAAAAGCAUAGAGUUAGGUUGUAUACUUGCAGUAAGUAAAAUAAUUAUGUUGGAGAUUAGAUUAUUGCCCAUACUCCUGUAGGAAUAUUAGCAACCAAAUUUGAUGAUUCUUAAAUGAAAUUUGAGCUUAUUUCUAUGAAUGCUAAGGCCUAGUAACUUCUACAUUUGGAAUCAAAUUAAAAUUCACUGGAUAAUUUUUUAAAGCAAUUUGAAAUUGAUUCAGAAUAGAGUUUUUUUAAUAGGAGUGAUCUUUCAAAUAAAUAAACUCACUCAAAAGAGUAGCUUAAUAAUUAGAAAAAAAAGUAAGAAAAUGAGAUGUCUCUUUUGAUGCAAUGCAAAUUCUAAAUGAUGAAAAUGCAACCAGCAUAUCCAAGAGACCUAUCUUAAAGAUUUAAAAAGAGAAACAAUUCAAAUGGGAAAAGUAAUUUAAUUAGCGGCUUUGCGGAUAAGGAAACUGAUGUGACAGCCAAAAAUAAUAUUAACACUCAUUCUGUCAUAGCUGAAGUCAAGUAAUUUAACGGAUUCUAUAAUAGUAUGUACUUAAAUUUGUAAAUUUCAACCUACACUAUGAUGGGAUAAGAUAAAUAUGCAAUAUUCUGUAUAAAUCCAGAACCAUACAAAAGAGACUAUUACACUUUAAAAAAUAAGAACUAAAAGUAUUAAAACUUUUUUUCUAAUUUCUGCUCUUCAUUUGAAAAAAGCUUAAUUUCACAAAUCAAAGACUGGAAAUGUCUGUACUCUGAUUUUUUAUCAGUGUUUGCUCACUCUAUUAUAUCUCCAUCAAACUCAUAUAUUUAAACAAAUUUAAUAAAUAAUUAGCAAAAUUGCUAAUAAUAGCAUUUUGGAAGACAGGCAUAAACAAAAAAAACCUUAAAUUUACCAUAAGCAGAACAAAAGCAUGUGAAGCCAUUCUAAAAGAAUUUACAAAUUAGCGAUAUAGGAAAUAAUUAAAGCUUUAAUAACAAUAUUUCUCAUAAAUAGAUAAAUAAUACGCUAGAGGAAAAUGCAGAAAAUAUUUUAAAUAACUUAAAAGGGUCUUAAUAUAGUAUUUUAUGUUCCCCUCUUAAAGAAACAAAAUAAUAGUAAUUUUUUCAAACCUAAGACAAUAAUUAUCAAUAAGGAAGCAUGAACUUUGAUUAUUUCAACUUAACACAAGAAAGCAUGAAUAACAUUCAGCCAUUUUAUAAUUAAAUAUAAAACUUUGUAAAUAACAUUGAGUCAACUCCUGUUAUUAAUAAUAAUUUUUCUCCAAAAGCUGGAAACAAUCUAUUUUUAAAUUAAAAUAAUACACUUAGUAUACCUUUAAAUAUUUAAUCUCCGAAAUCCGUUAACUUUUAAAAUAACAGAAUCAAAAAUUUAAUUUUUAGGGUUAAUUACAAUAAUCACAGGCUGAUGUAUGAUUAUUAGAAUUGGAAUGCUUUAUAUGAUUUAGAAUUUGGUUAGAAUGUCCUUAUAAAUCAAAGACAAGCUGCAGAGCAGAUUGAUUUAGAUAAGGUUAUAACAAAAAUAAUUUCUAUAUUUGAGGUAUUGAUAAUAGAAAAAUAAAUAAAAAUCAUAAAAUAAAUAAAAGUUUAGAGCAUAUAAAUUACUCAGAAUUCAAAAAAGGUACAUAUAAUUCUAUAUAAUGUCUUGCAUAAUGCUUUUUUAUAUUGCAAAUACCAAUCUUCAAUCCAGAUCACUAUCUCUGAUAACUAAAAUUGUGCAAACAUAUAAAUUAUAAAUGAGAUUCAUCAAGAUGAAGAAAACCAGAUUGCUUUCUUUCUAUAAAAUUAACUUUUAUAAGACUCUAAAAAUCUUCUCCCUAGCGUCAACUUAGACACAUUAAAUUAGUUUUCAUAAAAUUUUUAACAAGGUUCUGACUAGUAAGCAGAAAAUGGAAAUAGCAGUAAUAAUAGCAUACACAUAGCAUUUUUAGCAAGGAAAAAAGGAGAAAGCUAUGGCUUAAAGCUCUCAAAAUUUUUACUUAAAUCCAUCGGUUAACCUGAUAAAUUAAAAUGUGAGGUAAAAGAUCAAAAAUUUACAGUUAGCCUUGACAUAUUUUUAGAUGUAAAUUAUCAAAGGAAAAAACAAACUAGUCUAUUUUAAAGGUACAAGAAGAAUUCAACUCAUAUAAAUAACGAUCCUAAUCAAUCUAUAAAUAACUAAUAAAGUGAUGCAAAAUAAAUAUUUGAAACAGUUUAUUACUCACCCACAGAAUAUUAAAAGCUUAAUAAUUUCAAAAAAGCUGAUUAAAAUAUUAUUUAAAACGAAGACAUAACAAUAAAUGUCAAUUCAAUUGAUGAAUAUCCAAAUAAAGAGAUUGUGGAAUUAGAUGAUGCCUACAAAAAAAAUGAUAUUAAAAGUGGUACCAAUGAGGCGGAUAGUAACUUAAAAAAUAAAACUGAAAAUCAAAAAGAUAAUGAAUUAAGUUCAUUUAACUCAGAUAUUUAAGAUAUAAGUGAGCAGUAACAAUCUAAUUUAUAAGUAAAUUUUGAAUAAUCAUAAAUCACUGCAAGCUUCAAUCACUAAGCAAAGAUAAAAACUCUCAAAUUUUAAACAAUGUAAAAAAAAAUAUGA